UUAUUGGAUGUAUUGAUGGCACGCACUUUGGGCUGCAAAAACCAACGUUAAAUGAGCACAUGUUCUUCAACAGGAAAGGAUACCAUAGCCUCAACUCAAUGAUAAUAUGUGACCAUGAAUACCGCAUUUUAGCCAUUGACUCAAAGUAUGGUGGAGCCGCACACGAUUCCUUUGUGUGGAAGCAUUCGGCACAACGAAAGUUUUUGGAGGAGCAAUUUAACCAAAAUAACGUCAAAAAUGUUUGGCUUUUAGGAGAUUCGGGUUAUCCCUUGGAGCCGUGGUGUUUAACACCAUUCAGGAACCCUGAAGAAGGGUCUACUCAAGCUAGGUUCAAUGAGGCUCAUUCUAAAGCUCGCUGUGUGGUUGAAAGAACCAUUGGUAUCCUAAAGGGCCGUUGGAAAAUUCUCAGCAAUGACAAGAGAAGCCGUUACAAACCUGAAAAAAUGGCACAAUUCGGGAAUGUAUGUGCAGCGUUGCAUAACAUUUGCAUACAUUUCAAAGAUGCGUCGUAUUGCAGACAUUAUGCAAGUGAAACUAUCAACACAGAAGUGGAUAUGGGAAACGAAACUCAUUUAACCAAAAUUGGACACAAAAUUCGAAAUCAAAUAAUGUUGGCGCUAGAAAAUACAAUUUGA